GGUCUGUUGCACUAAGGUGUCCAGCUGUCGGACGUAACGUGAUAACUCAGCACCUGGACUCCGGGAGGAAAGAAGAGACGAGCAGCCUGCCCCCUCUGCCUGUUAUCUACGGAAAAGGAGCGGUGCAGCAGCCAUGGAGGCCUCAAGGAGACGAACCCAGCACGGGGCCAACGGGAAGGACUCUGAACAGGGGGAGCAGCCGGCACAAUGGGGGAGAGCAUGGGAGGUGGACUGGUUCUCCCUGGCCAGCGUGAUCGGCCUCCUCUGCUUCGCCCCCUUCAUCGUCUUCUACUUUGUGAUGGCCUGUGACCAGUACCAGUGCUCCGUCAGCCAGCCCCUGUUGGAGUUGUUCCGAGGGGAGACUACGCUGCUCUCCAUCUGGGCCCGGGCACCCUCCUUCACCUGGUCAGCUGCCAAGAUAUACGCCGCCUGGGUGGGCUUUCAGGUGUUCCUGUACAUGUGCGUUCCUGAUGUGACUCAUAAGUUUAUUCCUGGCUACGUCGGUGGAGUGCAGGACGGAGCACGAACUCCUGCUGGCCUGAUCAACAAGUACGAGAUCAACGGGCUCCAGUGUUGGCUGAUCACUCACGCUCUGUGGUACGCCAACGCCCAGCAUUUCCACUGGUUUUCUCCCACCAUCAUCUUCGACAACUGGAUCCCCCUGAUGUGGUGCACUAACAUACUGGGCUACGCUGUGUCCAGCUUUGCUUUCGCUAAGGCCUACCUCUUCCCCACCAACUCUGAAGACUGCAAGUUCACGGGGAACAUCUUCUACAACUACAUGAUGGGCAUCGAGUUCAACCCGCGCGUUGGCAAGUGGUUCGACUUCAAGCUCUUCUUCAACGGCCGGCCCGGCAUCGUGGCCUGGACUCUCAUCAAUCUGUCCUACAUGGCCAAGCAGCAGGAGCUGUACGGACACGUCACCAACUCCAUGAUCCUGGUCAACGUGCUGCAGGCCAUUUAUGUGCUGGAUUUCUUCUGGAACGAGGCGUGGUACCUGAAGACCAUUGAUAUCUGCCAUGACCACUUUGGAUGGUAUCUGGGCUGGGGAGACUGUGUGUGGCUGCCAUACCUCUACACACUGCAGGGUCUGUACCUGGUGUACCACCCGGUCCAGCUGUCCAACGCCCACGCCCUGGCCGUCCUGCUGCUCGGCCUGGUCGGCUACUACAUCUUCCGCUCCACCAACCACCAGAAGGACCUGUUCCGGCGCACGGAGGGCUCCUGCUCCAUCUGGGGCCGGAAGCCGGCGCACAUCGACUGCUCCUACCGCUCCGCCGACGGCGGCGUCCACCACAGCAAGCUCAUGACCUCGGGCUUCUGGGGAGUGGCGCGCCACCUCAACUACACGGGCGACCUGAUGGGCUCGCUGGCCUACUGCGCCGCCUGCGGCUUCGGCCACGUCCUCCCGUACUUCUACAUCAUUUAUAUGACCAUCCUGCUGGUACACCGCUGCGUGCGUGACGAGCACCGCUGCGGCAGCAAGUACGGCAAGGACUGGAAGCGCUACACGGACGCUGUGCCUUACCGACUAAUUCCCGGGGUGUUUUAAAGCAGGAGGGCGGGGGGAACGGGGAGGGAGGGUGGGGCUAAGAUUUAAAAGGAUUCAGAGUUCAGGGCAAGAUAAACAUGAGGGGUGUUUUGUGUUUCAUGCGUAUCCAGAAUGCACCACACUGAGCAUUGAACAGCACACGUGUGCAGGCAGCUGUACACGUGUGCUGUAUGUGCAGGAACAGGCAGGUUAUUGCUAUAUUCUAAUUUGAUACACCAGUCUGCUGCUUUCAUUAUGCUGUGACCAGUUAACACAGUUAAACACACUGUAACAGUACAAUAUAGCUGAGGAGCUAUUAGGACCAGGUACUUAAACCAGAAGCCAAAAUCAGGAAGAGAUCUUGUCUGCAGUCAAAAUACAACCCAUUUGAAACAUGCAGCCUAUUAUGGCCGGUAUUUACAUUUAUAGUCAGGUGGCGACCUCUAAUGGCCGUGCUCAUAAUGGCUGGAGCAAAGGAGGAAGUCGGGUGACGUAGUGUAAGGAGUGACAUAUGUUUGCGUAGGGUGGAGAUCGGGGGAGGGGGGUGGGGGGGGGGUGGGGGGGGGAUAUGUACGGGUCAAACAAACACAGGACUUUGACUCAGGAGACCACCGUUAGUGUGACCAAUCCAAACCGUGAUCCGUGAUCUUUCCCUCAACCCAACCAAACUGCACCCGUUGGACAACGUUAAAUUAAUCACGUCACGACCGGCCCGUUUAAGUGUUAAUCUCCUGCCUUUCUAUAAUGACCAUAAGAAACGACGUGUUCAUUCCUCACAAAGCGGUGACGUUCCCACGUUGCAUUUUGUUUCAUAGUCAUUCAUCAGGUUCCACUUUCUCAAAUAUGAGAAUCGUGACGUUUUUUCCGUUUUAUGUCUUUGUAAAUGUAUCACCUGUCAGGAUUGUUUCUGGCUCAUGUUCAUGAAAAUCGAAUUCGACGACAGCACUUAGCACUCAGGUAACCUACGAGGAGAGCUUUUCAUCACUCUGCCUUUUCAGACUAAAUGAGUGAUUAGUAAUGUAUUUAUGAAUCAAUAUUGACUCAUGUUUUGUUGUUGCUCGACUGGCUUAAUGGACCAAAUGUGAUUGUUGGCUCGGCAGACAAGGCCUGCCUCAUGAAAAGUAAUCUUUAUUUAAAGGUUGUCUGAACGCUCCGAUUCACUCAGCCCGUUUCCCAUCGGACUGCCGGUAUGUUACAAUAGUUUGGGUUGGCUUGGUAACGGGUCCGGUCCUUAUAUUAUAGUUAUAGAACAGUUUAUUCAUUCACUGAACCUGUAAAGUGUUCUGAAAAUUACUUAAGUUAGUUGAAUCUUUGUAUUCGCUUUGUGUUGAACCAACAUGUUGAGUAGCAGCUCUAUGCUGAUACAUAGAAAUGUCCAACCACCAUGUUUUUAUUUCCUCAUGCCAGCACUGCCUUUCUUAUAGCGAUAAAGUCAAAAAACAAACUCA